UCUAUUCAUCCGUCUCAUGCACAGGUAAAAGGGGAACUGACAACAUACGUCAUUCUCAGAAACCGUAACACCUCUAAUAAACGGGCACUACUGCUACCAUAAAACAAAGAGAAGAGCGUUCUCUAUAAUGAUACUUUAAAAGCAUCUAAGACAUCAAAGGAAUCUAACACCAGUGAUACUGUGACAUUAAAGCAAACUGACAACUAAUGAUCCUUUGAAGUGUUCUUCUAUAUAAAGCCGUUUUACAGGGCGAAAUAACAUGAACUACAUUAUUUGUAAUUAUUUGUAGAAGUCCUCUUGUCUCCAAUUCAAGUGAUACUUUGACAUAAUGGCUCGUAUCAAGCAUACCGCUCGUAAAUCCACUGGAGGAAGAGCUCCACGUAAGCUGCCUACCACCAAGGCUGCCCGAAAGAACGCCCCCUCCACCAGCAGAGUGAAGAAGCCCCAUCGUUACAGGCCCAGCACCGUAGCUCUAAAAGAGAUCCGUCGGUACCAGAGGUCCACUGAGCUGCUGAUCCGUAAGCUGCCGUUCCAGCGCCUGGUAAGGGAGAUUGCUCAGGGCUUCGGGACUGACCUGCGUUUCCAGUGCGCUGCCAUCGGCGCCCUGCAGGAGGCCAGCGAGGCGUUCCUGGUGGAACUGUUUGAGGACACUAACCAGUGUGCCUGCUUUGCCAAGCGCGUCACCGUCAUGCCCAAAGACAUCCAGCUGGCAUACCGCAUCCGUGGAAUGAACCUUUAGUCCACCUCACUAAUGUUCCUGUUUUUCUCUACCUGUCCCUGCCCUCCUUCCUUUAUUCCACCCCACCCACCUGCCUCCACCCCAUCCCCCUCUCUCUACCCAGCCGUGCCCAGCUUCUCAGUAGACUUUAGCGUAACCCUAUCAUGAAGUGAUAGAAAUAUGUUGAAGUCAUGUCUCUCAUAGUUAUUUUGUUUUUGGUGUUCUCACCAAAUGUUUUAGAGUACGUUUUUUAUGCAUAUACAUCGAGGAUGAGCAUCUCUUCCUUAACCACUUCAAAAAUAAGAGAAAAUGAAUCGAUAUUGAUAUUGUCAACAUGGUUGUCAGUUUCUUUUUUUUUCUUUUUUUAACAGUGAUCCGAUGUAUUGUAGAAAAUCCCGAAGGGCUUCUUUGUUUUCCUUGGCCACCUCUAUCCUUAGGGCAGCCACAAGGGGGCGAUGGUUUAACGUCUCCUCUUCCAAUCAAUUGUUCUCUGUAGAUCAGGUAUAGGCUUCUGUCUCUCCAUGUUUAUCAGAUAGAUGUUAGACUUGUCAAAACACUAUGAAUAGAAUCAUGGUGAAAGCCACACUGCAUGUUUAGGGUCUGCGUCUCCUGCACUCUGUAGAUCUGAGCAUAUAUAAUCUGUUCUUUCUCAAAAUGUGUGAUACACAAUAUAACUUCAUAUUUGUUUUGUUUUAUGUAUUUCUUAUUCCUCAAGAUUUUCAGACGUAUAAAUGAGCUGAUCUU